AUGGAUGCGAUGCUGUUGGAGCUGGCCUCAAGUGUGUUCUGCGACAUAAUCUGUGAUGUUGUACACCAAUAUGCUCUUGGACCCUUUGAUGCUUAUAUAAAUUACAUCCGUAAUAUGCCCUAUCAGGAGCAGACAUUACACAACCUUGGAAAAGAGAGUCCUCAGAUUGUGGAGAUCUUGCAUAAACUACAGGAAGACCCUCGAUGCAACCGCCUUCCCCUCAAAUCUUUCCUUUCACUGCCAUUUCAGAGAAUCACACGGCUUAAAAUCCUAAUGGAGAAUAUCCAGAAGAAGGCCGUUCCAAGGUCAGACUGUGAGGCCUCAGCAUUGAGAGCUCUGACGGAGAUCUCCAGGCUUCUAGAAGCUUGCAACUGGCAGGUGGGCAGAAUGAAACAGAUGGAAGAAAUAGUGCAGAUUGCUAACAAGAUUGAGUUUGCAUGCAAGGCCCUGGCUCUUGUGUCUUCCUCCCGCUGGCUUGUGAAGCAGGGAGAUCUGGUGCAAAUCUUGUUGAAGGAAAACAUGUUUGGCCAGAGAAAACUGUGUCCUGUACUUCUGUUCCUCUUUAAUGAUCUGCUGCUGGUGGCCACCAGGAAAGGGUUGGAUCGUUUUGUAGUUCAUGACUACGUGCACCGCUCUCUGAUAGAAGUGACCGAGGGCAAAGAUCUGGAGGAGGAGCUGGAGGGAUGUGAGCUGGACCGGAUAUUUAGGCUCGUUCUUUUGCAUAAUCACCAGAGCGCCACCUCUCAACUUCUACUGCAAACAAAUUCAGAAGCUGAGAAGGACUCGUGGAUGCAGCUCCUGGGUGGACGGCGAGAUGGACAGGAUACCGUGUAUGAAGAGUGGGACUGUCCUCAGGUGCGAUGUAUAGAGGUGUACAGUGGACAACAACAAGGGGAGCUUAGUCUACAGCUGGGAGAUAUGAUCAACGUGAUGCAGAAGACUUCAGAGGGGUUUCUGGAAGGCCGCAGGGUACAGGACGGACAGAGGGGCUGGUUCUCCGCUGCAUGUGUUGUAGAGAUCACCAAUGAACAUGUGCAGAGACGUCAUCUUCGUCAGCGGUAUCAUGUCCUACAGACAGCCACACGCCUGCUGAAACAACGCAGUGGGGGCCUUGAACUUUCAACCACAAAAUGCUUUAAAUAAGAGACUGUCUGCAUUGCAAUUUGCAUUUUUUUCACUUACUGAUUUAAAAUAAAUUAGUAAAUAAUUAUAUGUACAAUCUAUGUAUAAUUUAACUGAACUACUGCCAGUUGGUCAGUUGGUCUUUUGGUCUUGGUUUAUAUAUAUUUUAUGUCUGGUUUUACAGAACAACUUCAAACAUCUGUGCAUGUGAUUUAAGAAACACUGAAACUACUUUCUAUGGUUUGCAACAAAAAAUGUGGUCAGUACUUAUUCUUGCUCCAGCUUGCAAAUGUGGAGUUGCU